AUGAGGUGGUGGUUUCGAAAUGAGCGCUACGCGCAAGUUGCCACUGCAGAUGGGGUCGAGUCACCAUGCCUUUCCCAUGAAGAUUCUGAACAUAUUUGUUGGCAAUGUCAAAAACGUUCACUAGAGGAUAUGUCAUCGAGGACAUCGGGCUUUUCAUCUAUCUGGUGGGCGCUAUUAAAUUUGAUGUUGUUUACUAUUUCAAUCACCAGCUUUAUCAUAUCCGCGAUGAAACCCGGCGAUGAUUAUCCCAUCAACACGUCGAAAUCACGAAAUUUCGAUCUCAAGAAAUUUUCAAUGACCUCCCCCCUUUUGAACGACAUCGACCUUCAAGUCCACCCCAAGAAAAUGGAAGCGACUCUUCUCCUACCCAAAAAUCCUAGCAUUUUCCGUCAGCCUCCAAGCUACGAAGUCGAUGUCGCAUGGAAGCGAAUGUGGGAUUCACGACCCGUUCCCAUCUCGAGAGAACAAGUCAUUGCUAUGGGAAAAGAUCCUAGCGAAGCAGUCGCCAUUCCUGACUCUUGGGGUCAUGGUUCGGACAAGUACUUUGGACGGAUUGACGUAUUUCACCAGAUUCACUGCCUAGAUGCCCUUCGUCGGGAGUCUCACUUCGAGCACUACUACGGCAAGACGUACCCAAAUGGGUGGAAUGACACGACAGAAUUCCACCGCUUACACCUGAGUCAUUGUAUACAUCUGCUGCUACAGAAUAUCAUGUGUAGCGCUACAACAGAUGUAUACACACAUGUUUGGACAGAUACCCUGGACCACGCUUUUCCCGACUUUAAUACCGAGCACAAGUGUAAAGAUUUUGGGCAGAUACUGGAGUGGCAAGACAAGAAUGCUAUUGACGAGGAGAAGUUUGUGAAUUUGACAAGGCCCGAGGGAUACAAGUAUCAGAAGAUGACGCAUAAGUUUAAGGAGAUUCAUGGUUGGUACACGACGCACGAGGAUGAUGGUGAUUAUGAGAGUGGAGAAAUUGCUUAG